UUUCUGACAUUUACUUGGUUUCUAAUUCCAUUUGAAUCUCUCCUCCCAAAUCAAACUUACAUUCUCUUUCUUUUUUUCUUCUUCUUUUCUGUCCUUUUCGUUCCUUCUCCUUUCCCUUUUUCUUGUUGAUGAUCAUCCAACUUCAAACAAGUAUUCACAUUAGGUGAUCCAAUUCAGGACAGGAUGCUUAAAAAUACAAUCGAAAACAUGGGAGGAUCGAUAAUCUUCGUCGUCUAAAGAUUUUCUGGUUGGCAGAGAGAUGGUAGCCUUAUGAAAGUCUAGAGCAAUGGCAGCAAAAGGAAAACCAUUUUGUAAAGCUCAGAGGAGUGUACAGGGGUUUUCAGCCAUUCUAAAGUCUGCAGCUUGUGAAUGGUUUCUCAUUUUUCUAAUGCUUAUUGAUGCUUUGUUGUCAUAUGCUUUGACUAAAUUUGCACAUAUUUGCAACUUGCAAACGCCUUGCAUUUUGUGCUCCAGGCUUGAUCAUCUCUUGGGCAAAGAAAAAUCUAAUAAUUAUAGGAAUCUUCUCUGUACCAAUCAUAGAUUGGAGAUAUCAUCUUUAGUUUCUUGCCACAAACAUAAUAAGCUUGUUGAUGGCAAUGAGAUGUGUGAUGCAUGUCUUUGUUCAUUCGCUACAACAAACAACAAACCUAAGUCCAACUCCAAAAUGCAAAGGUUGAUAGUGGGAAAGUUGAGGUCAGAAACUUGUGGGAAUGGAGCUCAUGGAAACUUACUAAAUAGGGAUUCGAUUCCUUAUCGUAUUAAGACAAGGCCUUGUUCUUGUUGCAGCAAGCUUUGGAAGACAAGGCCAAAUGCUCUAGGAUUACUGCCACUGAAAUCUUCUUUGAAUGUGGCCACUAAACCAAAUAUUCCUUAUUCACUCCGCUUAAAUAGUCGAGAUAACUUGAAAAAAAGGAGAGAGAAAAUUUUUGGUUCAGUAACCUUACAACACCCUGGAAAAACUGGUUUCAGUCUGUUGUCUCAUGUAGGAUUCAGUGAGCUGAGGAUCACCUCUGAUUCUGAGUUAGAGGUUCUGCUUUCAGAAGAAGAUGAUGAUAAAAGUUUAAUAUGUGAAAAAAGUGCACUUAAAGAAGAUUCUGUUCUUCGAUCUAUAACCCAAAUUCCACUCAAGCCUCAUUGCAAUAAUUGUGAUCAGGUUAAGCGAUCCAUUAAUUUUGUUGAUCCAAGGCCUUCACCUUUAGAAUCAUAUGUGCAGGUUGAUGUGCAAAAGCCUCAUGACGUGAAAUCUCUUCCUGGUGAUGCUACUUUUCAUGGACUGAAUGAGUUGAAUUGGCUGCCCUGGCCAGCCAAUCCGACUGCCAACCCUUCCACAUGGGCUGAACUUAUUUCCCUGGAUGAUGCAUCAUCCGUUGCAUCCAAUGUCUUGGGACUUUCUUGUGCAAAUUCAAUGGAGAAAAGCAAGCUUACAGAUUCUCUCAACCAGGAGUCCACUCUCUCCUGCUGUCCUGAGUUCAUCACGUUACAUCACGACCCACAAGUUGAGGGAAAGUCAAUGACAUUUGAGGAGACAGGAACAGAUAACAUGGGAGUUGCAUCUCCCAGUGAGCAUGAGGAUCAUUCAACAUCGAUAAGCACAAAAGUUGAAGAGUGUCCUAAAAUUGAUGAGAUGGUUAAUGAAUCUUCUUCUGGAAAAACUAAUGAUGGUACAGAUCAUAGCAGUGAUAGUGAAUCUUCUGAAAGUGAUAAGGAACACAAAGUUAAUUUUGCUCCAAGACAACCCUUGGAGUCUUCUUCUGGGAACACUAAUGAUGAUUCAGAUCAUAACAGUGAUAGUGAGUCCUCUGAGAGUGAUAAGGAAGAUAAAGUCAAUUUUGCCACUAGACAGCCUUUGGAGUCUUCUUCUGAGAACACUAAUGAUGAUUCAAAUCAUAAUAGUAGUAGUGAGUCCUCUGAUAAUGGUAAGGAACAUGAAGUCAAUUGUGCUACAAGACAACAUUUGGAGAAGGAAGUUGAUAUAGUUUUUAAUGAUUCAAACCAACCUCCAUUGAUUAGUACUACAGUCAAAGAGUGUUUGAAAACUGAUGAGAUGGUCUAUGAAUCUGCCAUUGAGAACACUAAUGAUGAUAUGCACAAUAGCAGUGCUAGCGAGUCUUCCGAGAAUGAUAAAAAACAGGAAGUCUUCAAUUUUACUGCAGGUCAACCUUUGGGGAAGGAAAUUGAUGCCGUUACUAAUGAUUCAAAGCAAUCUCCUAUGACUAGCACAACAAUUGAAGAGUGUCCUAAAAUUGAUGAGGUGCUUCAUGUAUCUGCUAAUAGGAACACUGUUAAUGAAAUGGGUCACAGGAGUGUCAGUGAGCCAUUUGAGAGUGAUAAGGAACGAGAAGUCUCCAAUUUUGCUAUAAGACAAUCUUCGGAGAAGGAGAUUGACAUAGUUAUUGAUGAUUUGAAGCAGACUCCAUUGAUCAACACAAUAGUUGAAGAGUGUUCUAAAACUGAUGUGGUUGCCUAUGAAUCUGCUAUUAAAAACAUUAAUGAUGAUUUGGAUAGCGUUAGUGAGUCCACCGAGAGAGAUAAGGAACAUGUAGUCCUCAAUUUUCCUAUAGGGCAAUCUUCAGAGAAGGAAAUAGUUCUAGCUACUACUGAUUUGAAGCAGUCUCCAUUGAUUAGCACGACCGCUGAAGAGUGUCAUAAAACUGAUGAGAUUGCCUAUGAAUCUGCUAUUAGGAACAUUAAUGAUGAUAUGGACAACGUUAGCGAGUCCAGUGAGAGUGAUAAAGAACAUGAAAUCUCCAAUUUUUCUAUAGGACAGUCUUCAGAGAAGGAAAUAGAUGUAGUUGCUAAUGAUUUGAAGCAUACUCCAUUGAUCAGCACAACAAUCGAAGAGUGUUCUAAAAUUGAUGAGGUGGUCUAUGAAUCAGCUGAUAAGAAUAUUAAUGAUGAUAUGGACAAUGUUACCGAGUCUACCGAGAGUGAUAAGGGGCAUGAUAUCUUCAAUUUUUCUGUAGGACAAACUUCGGAGAAGGAAACUAAUCUAGUUACUAAUGAUGUAAAGCAGUCUCUAUUGAUCGAUACAAUAAUUGAAAAGUCUCCCACAAUUGAUGAGGUGGUCUAUGACUCUACUAUUAUGAACGCUGAUGAUGAUAUGGCUCAUAGGGACAUUGAUGAGGUGGUCUAUGACUCUACAAAUAUGAACAUUAAUGAUGAUAUGGAUCAUAGAAGUGUUAGCGAGUCUUCCAUGAGUGAUAAGCAACAAGAAGUCUUCAAUUCUGCUACAGAAAAGCCUUCGAAGAUGGAACCUACUAUAGUUACUAAUGAUAUGGAGCAAUUUUCAUUGCCAGAGAAUCCUACUGAACUUGUUAAUCAACCAUUCUCAGAUGAUGAAGGCCGCAAUUUUAGCAUUUCUUAUGAUGAUUUACAAGAAGAAUUUGGCUCGAGAUUCCACAUAAUUCCUACAUUUCAUCGGUCAGUUUCAAUGGAAUCAGUUGAAUCACAAGAUGGAAGCAAUGUAAGUGAAAUUGAAGGUGAAGAUAUUGUCGAUAGGUUAAAGCGACAAAUUGAAUAUGAUAAGAAAUGCAUAAAUUCUUUGUAUAAAGAGUUGGAAGAAGAACGAAGUGCUUCUGAGGUCGCUGCAAGUCAAGCCAUGGCCAUGAUUACAAGGUUGCAAGAAGAGAAGGCAGCAAUGCAUAUGGAGGCUCUUCAUUACUUGAGAAUGAUGGAAGAGCAAGCAGAGUAUGAUGUAGAAGCUCUAGAGAAAGCAAAUGAACUCCUGAACGAAAAGGAGAGAGACAUCCAAGAUUUAGAAGCAGAGCUUGAAUACUACAGAUCUAAUUACAUGGUCAGCACAAUAGCUGAGACUGAAAAUGAAAAAAGUGAUGGUGCAAAUGAAGAAAAUAUGACUGCAGAGAAUGAGAGCGUAGAACAUCAUGAAUAUAAUGGCAAUUAUUCCUUUAAAUCAACAAUGGCGGAGUCAUCAAAAGGAAGCUACAGAUCUUUCAAUAAUCAAAAUUCAUCUAUAGAAUUCGAAGAUGAAAAAAUCUACAUUCAGCUAUGUUUGAAGAGCUUGGAGGAUAAGAUCAACAAAAUAUUUACUAAUGGACUUCUGGCUCGGGUUCCUAAUAGCAUUGACAAUGGAGAAGAGGUGAAUCCUGAACAAAAAGGGAAAGAGAGUAUUGAUGCUGAGAGGUCUCAAAGAAAUAAUAAAGACAAUGGUCCAUCCAAGCACAUAGACCAAAACAACUGUAAUGGAACAGUUACACCAGAAGAAGAGUUGGUCGAUCCAGACAAAAAUGGUCAUUUUAGCAGCGGUGAAAACUUUUAUGACGUGAAAUGUCAAAUAAGUUAUGCAAACAAAAGAGACGAGGUUGAUUUCCUUGCUCUUGAACAUAAAAUUUCAGACCUUACUGGCAAGUUGGAAGCACUACAAGCUGGUUAUGAUUUUCUCGAGCACUCUCUUAACUCUCUUCGCUAUGGUGAGGAUGGUUUGCAAUUUGCUCAAAAUAUCGUUCAUCGGCUACAAGAAUUGUGUAAACUGGGGAUUAUACUAGAUCGUCAACCUGGCUCCUAAGUUCUUCAUGCAGCAUGAUAUGAUAUUUUAAAAUGGGAAUCAGCAAUCAUUCUGGACCAUCAUCAUUAAAACAUUCAAAGUGCAAAGUCAAAUGAGAAAAGUCAUGGUUCAUCCCUUUUUGUUGGGCUGCAAUGCAUGAGCUGAAUGGCCAUUGCAGAGAAGGUUCAGAGUAGUUGAAAAUUGGUAUUUUGUACAAAUUUGUACCAUCAAAUUACCAUGGAAGUUGAGUGUUCCAACUUUUGAGCUUUUCAUUUUUGUGAGGGUUAGUGAAUUUUACUUGCCAAGGAGCUCAUGAUUCUUGUACCUACACACACACACAUCCAUGUUCUUGAGGUUUGCCUUUCAAAAUAAAUUAUUCUUCAGCAUAGCAUUCUUUUCACUCUGG